AUUGCCUUCCACAGGUCACCAUGCUAUGGAUAUAUUGACAGGAGGGUUGACUUGUGGAAAUCUUUAUCAUUGAAGGAGAUGGAAAUCAGCCUGAAAGAUCAAAACAAGGUCAUAUCCUGCGUGUCCUACGGCAGGUGAAAGACGUUUUUUCCAGAAUGAAAUAUACUUACAUCCUCUAACUUGAGACAUCACAAGAGUCCCAGGGACAUUUCCAGGAGAUCUCCAUCAGUUUGGAACUUGACCCAAAAGUCACUUGACAAGAUGAACCAAACAAACAUUGUUUGCCCGGUCUAUUGACGUUUAGAAAUUCCAUCAGGUCGUGUUUGUUUCGCAGGCAAGGUUAAUUCAAGCUAUUUCCAAUCCAGUCUUAAAAUCAGGCUGUUACUUGUCCCCGAGGUCCAUGACCAAUAAAGAAAAUUCUCCAACUUCAGACGAAGAGCAGUUUGGAACUUCAUGGUCUGCUCAUCCACUGCAUUAAAGAAAAGGAAAGUACUAUAAGUAGACUAUCUCGCGAUGUUGAAUGUGGGAAAAGGCGUCCUGUGGGUUGAUCCCGAGUAUUGACAACUGUAAACUCAUAAAUUUCGCUUGUUUCUUCGCACACGUCUUCUUUUUCCCGUUUUUUUCUUACGUGAAUGCAUCCUUUUCUAAAAGUGCUUAUUUUGAGUCAAGAAUUUCAUGAAAGUAAAAAGAAAAAAAGUUGAGCUGAGCAGCAGAACCCUCCCCGGGUCUAGCCUGCGAGCAGGGUCUCUCAAUGCCCCACCAAAACCCAACCCUCCCCUCAAUCCCGGCAGCCAGAGACUUUGCUCGCAGGCUAGACACCUCCCUUCCCCUCUCUUCCCUUCCCUUCCCGCUUCCAUCCCUCCGCCCUCUACCUAUCUACCUAUCUAACUAUCUACCUACCCCUCUAGCUACCAAUCUACGUCUCUACCUACCCCCCUACCGCUUGCCGCCCUCUCCCUGCCCUCCCUACGGCCCACCCCCGGGCCGGUGUACCAAUUCCCGCUUCUUAUACUCUUCCUAAGGCCUUUUUUCUUUCCUCUCCUCGCCCCAAGCCCACCCAGAUUCAAGCCGCGCUGUUUUUCUUUUUUUUCUUUUUUUAUGCUAAUCAGGCGGGACUCGAACCCGUCACCUCUUUGUUUGCCAAUUAAUUACCAAUUCAAUGCUUAUGCCAAUUGCGCUAUCCCUUCUUGGUUACAAGUUCAAUGGUGUUUUUGUAUGUUAUUUAUAUGCAAAUCAAAUUCUUGUCCCUCAUUGGCUGUUGAAAAUAAUGACAUCAUGAUCUUUCGGCCCAGAGGUCCCUGUGGUCCUACAGGUACAAGAACCAAAACAAACCAAAGUUUCCCAAACAUAAUAGAAACUGUAGCCUUCUCAGCUUUGCGAAAGCUUCUUUUCAAUGGAUUCUUGUAUCUUUCUGACCGCUGGUACAUUUAAAAAAGCACUUAGCGCUUUCACCUUUUUUCGACGGGCAUUUUUGAUUUUAGCUGAAGUUUUGUAUAAUAUUGAAAUACUUGAAGUGUCCGUCGGUGCGUUUGCUUUCAGUUGUGAUCACAAGAAACAGUUUCUGCACGGUUAACAGUGAUCAACAUCAAUUUACAUUCUCGCUAUAUAUCCUACCAUUGAACAGUAUCAAUCAAAAAAGGCUGAAAAUAGAGGAAACUGCUCAGCAGCGAAAACAUUGUGAUUUCUAAUCAAAUUGUCCUCGUUAGUGCCAGAUGAACGGCAAAGGAAUGAGUAUGGAGAAUGUGCAUGUUAAUGUCACGCCAUUUACAAGCGUUCACACGACAAAAUUGAUCUUAUAAAUGAAAAACGCCAAGGGUAUGUCACUUUUAAUAGCUUUGGAGCCAGCAAUAUGACCCUUCGCAAACAAGAAAAAGCGUUCUUCUCUAACUAGGCAACUACAGUACCCUAGUCUGAAUCUCCUUCCAGAAUGAAAUAUACUUACAUCCUCUAACUUGAGACAUCGCAAGAGUCCCAGGGACAAACAUUGUUUGCCCGGCCUAUUGACGUUUAGAAAUUCCAUCAGUUCGUGUUUUUUUCGCAGGCAAGGUUAAUUCAAGCUAUUUCCAAUCCAGUCUUAAAGUUAGACGAAAUGCAGUUUUGAACUUCAUGGUCUGUUUUUUAAGAUCGAGGACAACUUUUCGCACCUAACUCCUGGAAUCUUUCCAAAAAACUUUUCCCACAGAAACAAAGUUCAGGAAAUGAAAAUAAAAAUAGAUAAGAAAAGCGAAGGAAGUGGGGUGGUGAGAAAGCGGAAAUUCUCGAAAAAAAAAAUCUCGAAAUUUUGCUUUCUGCGCAUGCCUAAAAUUUGCAGGCUAAUAUUUCAGAUUAUACAGAUUAAAUGCUUCAGAUACUUUGAAUUAGAUACUUUGCAUCUGGAGAAAGACCGCGAAGUGCAUGACCUGCCAUGGGUUUCGCGGUAAUUUUUCGCUAUUUAAACCAGCAAAUGGCUUCACUGAAACGCGAUUUUCGGCGAAAUUCCGAGGGGCUAGUGGGUUAAGCAAGAAGGAUGUGCAUCUUGAUCUUCCAUUUAAGUCCUGCUCUGACUGGGAUUUGAAUAAUAAAAAAGGCGAAGGUUUUGUCGCCUAAGGACUGAUUUGGGGCCACUAACAUGACUCUCUUAUAAAAAGAAAAUUGGUUUUUUCGGCUCUAUUAAAUUCAGACAACGUCACUGCCUCAGGAUCCGGUAAGUUAACUGCAUUAGAAGACCUGCAAGGAACACUGCAAACAUAAAUGUAAUACAAAUGAUCAUAGAGGCUAGAAAUUAAAGCACAAUGAUAACAAAUGUGUCUUACGGUAGGAGUUUUAGGGCUAAGACGACAUUUCCAUAGCUUUUGAAACAGCUUUAGUCUCAGUCUUGAAUUUUGAAACCAGAGUUAACCAUAUUACCCCUCAGUAUUUAUGUGCCAAAUACCUUUUGUAGAAGGACUAGAAGUUCUUAAAUACUUGUUUUUUCUCUUCUUUCUUCUUCUAUGGAACCCCAUGUCACCUCCUUCAAUGAUAAAGAUUUCCAUAAGUCAACUCUCUUAUUAAUAUAUCCAUAGCAUGGUGACCUGUGGAAGGCAAUCUGUGUUUGAAAUAAUAUUAAAUUCAACAAUGACAAUUGUCCCAUCCCUAGGGGACCUUUGAUGACAAAAUGCCCCCCUCCCACCACCACCACCAUGGCAAAUGGUAUCAAAUGCUGACCCCGGGGAAGGGGGAUGAUGGGUACUUCAAAAUACGGCAAACACUCUCUCAGGCAUUUAACUAAGAUCAGCACUUACACUCACUAACUUUGAAAAAGUCAUCAGAAAGACAGACAAUGACUCAUUUAAUGACUGUGUCCUUUGCAACAGUUAGCAUUAGUUCACCUCACCAUUUUAUUCUUUUUAGAGUUACUCAAUUUACGAUGCAGAUAUUAUUAGGUAGUUAUUUAUUAAUUAGAAAAUAAUUAGUUUAAAUUAUACUUAGAAUUUACAAUAUGUUACUAGAAUUUUAUAUAUAUGAUACAGCCUCUCCUGAUUUAGUAAGGCACUGUGCCGAGCUAUAAGACAUGAGACUUUAACAAAGUUCAUUCUUAUUAUAAUUAUUGACUGAGCCAUCAGAAAAUACACUAACUUAUGUACAUUUCUUUAAUAAUAAUAAUUAUAAGAAAAUUCUAGUGUCGCUACAAUUGUAAUUGUGGAAACCAGGUGUUUUAGUUGUAUGAAUUUUUUAGGCCGGAAAUUUAUUUAUGUCUGAGCACAGGUGGCCCACUCCGACUCCAAUUUGAGAACGGUGUUAAAUUUUAUAAUAGAAUACUGGGGAAUAAACAAAAUAAUAUUUCCCUAUAUCAUUUUGAAAAGAUUUGAAAUAAAAAUGGCUUUGGUUUACAGUCUGUUUGCUUCUAGAACAGAGAGUUAAAUCCCUGGGGGUAUUCCCUAUGAUAGCCUAUUUGAGGAGGCCCCACUUAAAAGAGUAUAUGAAAGGCUAGGGAUUAUACAAGCUGAAGUACAGUAUAUAAAAGGGAAGGGAAAAAUGUUAUUUCAGUCGGACGUAUAUAAAACACGGACCCCCAGUACAAGUCCAUGGACCACCCCUGUGGACCUAGUUUAUGGACCCCUUGAUGGAACUGGUCCAUGGACUACCCCUGUGAACCACCGCUAAGUUUUGAAGAUGAAUUUUACCAGAGGUCUAAACAAAUUUUAGGAACCUUAAAUGAAUGAAACUCUGGUCAGUCUUUAUUAUCAGGGUUAUAGGAUUAUAUUUUACACUUUUUCAAUUUUUUUUUUGGCAAUUUCAUACAAUUAAAUGGCUUCGUUUUACUCUUGAGAAGGAGUGACCUUAUUAAUUGAAGGGAACAGGAGGAGUGGUAUUGAGGUAGUAGUCUCCUGUGCAGCUCUUUUAUUUUGUCUUUAUGUUGUGUGAAAAUCGAGAAAAAACGGGUCCAUACGAGACUACGGAGGGAGCUUAAUGUCUAUGAGUAUUUUGUAACAGCAACAUUCUCGACCUGAAUGCAAUUUACAUGAAACAAUUUGUAAUUGUACACAAACUUAAUGGUAAGACGUACGUCUGGCAAACCGCAUUUUUUGAUAAUACGCGGGUCAUUUUGUGUUUGAUUUGUGAGCAGGAUUCAAUAAGUUUGCAUGCCAACCAAUAAUCAUUUUCAUCCAAGGGCUUAUAUAAAGGGAAAAAGGAAAGUCUGGGUGGGUACUGAAUCGUAAUGCAUUACCUUUUCCACCGCAAUCUCGUAUGCAGCCAUUUUUGUGUUGAUCUUGACAAGCAACGUACACACAAAAAAAGCUGCAUAAGUGAAUACUUCCUCCCUUUCGAUCAUCAUGUCCUCUUCAAAUAGUUUCUCCUUCUGGACUAAACCAAACCCAUUCUAUGGAAUUCAGAAAAAAAUAUGAGCAAGUGUAUAAUAUGAGAAGCCUUUAAUCCUGAUAAUAUAACUAUAAAGUGAGAAAGUUUCGUCUAUUGUAAAAUUCAUUAAGACUCGACUUGUAAAAAAUCAUCUUCAAAAAGUAGGGUUGGUCCACAGGGGUAGUCCAUGGACCAGGACUCCAUGUUUUGUAUAUAUUUUCAGUUUAGAUUUUAAAGACCUUAAAGACCAACAGAUGCAUUUCAAGGUUGUACUUAAAAGACACAAAAACUUCGCAGUUCACUGAUUGAGUCAUAAUAAUGUAUUCAAAAAGAAUUAUGCAGUGUUUUGAAUUGGGUAUGUGAAAGGGGUACCAUUCGUGAAUAGAAGCUCUCAAUUUAAUGAUACAUAAGAGGGUUAGGGGUGAAACUUUGGAGUGAAGUUUCCCGGUAUUAAAAACUUUGUUGAGUGCCCCCCCCCCCCCGACCAUCGGAGACGUUCAAUAAAGAUUUAUUCCUUUUGCAAUAAGAGUUAGUUUCUUGGUACAAUUGAUUAUAAACAGAAAUUUAUACAUUUGAAUUUUUUUGUUUUACAUUUGAGCACAUGACCAUAUCAGCCCAACUGUCAUUGUACAAGUUUGAAUAAAUACCAUGUAUAUGUUGUGAUUCAAUUUUAUCCUUGGUUUAAGAAAAGGAAAGAGUUUUGUCUCAAAACAAGAGCGACUUUAGCCUCACGUUUAGUCAAAUGCUAGGAAACUAAGCCCACAACUGUGAAAUGGUCUAUUAUGCCUUGUUCUAGCCAGGGGCAUAGCCAGCUUUUUGACUAGUUGUAGGCCCGGCUGACUUCCAUUUCCACAUAUCCUAUUACGCACUGACCUCAAAAAAACGUUGAGCUCUUAAGCUUUUUAGUUCAUCCCAACAAUGCAUAAUUUAUCAAAAACAGCGCCUCAUAGUAUUGUUUCACCUCAGAUGUGAUGUAUGAAAAGCAUAAAAGGUUGGUUUACACGCACUCAGAUUUGUUGGCAAGAUUUUGUAAAGUAAACUUGUCGAACACAAGGAAUUCGGUCUGAUUUGUUUUCCAGGCCUAGUCUACUGUGAUCAAGAGCCAUUAUGGCUCUUAAAUGUGUUCGAAGAUGAUUGCUUCUUUUUGGGUGUACAUAUAAGGCUAUCAACUCGAUGUAAGAUUUUUUCACUCUAUAAUCACUUAGCCUUAGCUUUCCCUCAAAAGUCACAUAUGUGCCCUUAAGUUAAAUGAUUUGUGGAUUACAUGUUUAUUGUUUGAUUGAAAUUAUAAAUUUAUCAAUGGGAGCUUCGCUUUUAGCCCUGGCUAAAUCUAUAUAUUAAUAUCAACAGAUCAGUGCCAAAUGUGCGCGUUAUUGUGCAUUAUUUUAUCUUCGGCUCUUAUAUUUAGUGUAAGCUUGGUUCCGAUGGUGACACGAAUCAAGGGUUCACCAUAACGGUUCACCUAACUUUCCUGAGCUUUUCUAACGUGUCUCUAGUAUACACCUAUUUCAAUUAAGGUUGCUCCCGUGAACCAUGUUUCAUAGCCUGCGGUGAAAUAUUGUAAACUUUUGUAGCGGGAAGUUUAGUCUUGUUCACGUUCAUUGAAAUAAUGGAGACCAUUUGCUCCUGAAUUUGUGAAAAGGCGUUCAAUAGAGCUUUCAAGUCAAAUGCCUGCGAAAAUUCUUAAGCAUGAGCGAGCUAAAACAUUUUCAUUUUUAAAAUCUCAUAGUAAAAAAUUAGAAGCCUCUUCUUUCAACAACAUUAAAUGAAUAGGGUCUGAUUAAGCUGCGUUUUUGCAUGGGCCAGAAUGCUGGUUAUUUUAAUAAAGCAAAACAACGCUAUUAUUUUUUUUAUUCAGUUUUAAAAUAAUUGCCUCAAAAAUAGUUAAAAACGUAAUGUUAAGUUAUUUGUUGUUCGACAACCGAGAAUGUGCCGGCAGAGGGCGAGGGUGUGCUGUCGUUGUUUGCGAGUUUCGCACGAACGAGUAGGUCACAAAGGUUUGGUGAACGGCGGAAAGCGACGACAGGUACUUAUUUUAAGAUGUUUUUUAAGCGUUCGGCGGAUUGCAGUAUGGGUUGUUUCUGGCGGAGUAUGUCAUGGAUGUUAGGUAGAGCUGGAUUAUAGGUAACUUUAAAAGGGAUUCGGUAACUUGUAUCUCUGUUGGGUGGUUUAUUAUCUCUUAAGGCUUCAUUUGGAGGUACCUGUUUGCUCUGGUGAUUGUUCUUUAAUGAAGCGUCUUUUGUAGCCCUGUUUUAUAAGGUAACUUUCUAAUUCCGAUGAUCGAGUUUCAAAGAAGUUACCCACGGAGAAAAUGGAGCGUAAGUGAAGAGCUAGGUUGUAGGGAAUAGACUUUUUAGUGUGCUAUUGGUGGCUUGUUGAGUGCAGUAGGUAUUGGUGGUUAUCUGUAGGUUUGCAGUAAAGAUUAAAGAACAAAUCACCAGAGCAUAGCAGGUACCUCGAAAUGAAGCGUUAAAAGAGAAUAAACCAACCACCGGAGAUACAAGUUACCGAAUCCCUUUUACAGUUACCUAUAUUCCAGCGCCACCUAGCAUUCAUGUCAUACUCCCAAGGAACAACCUAUUCUGCAAUCCACCGAAGGCUUAUUAAGAAUUGAAACACCUUUAAAGAAGUACGUGUCGUCGCUUUCCGCCGUUCACCAAACCUUCGUGACCUACUCGUUCGUGCGAAACUCGCAAACAACGACAGCACACCCACGCCACGUGCCGGCACAUUCCGUUGCCACUCUACACAUGGCUGCCUCACCUGCCCAUACAUUAACCAUGGGAAAACUUCAUACACUUUCGCUAACACAGGAGAAACAAGACAAAUUAAACAUCACAUUCAUCGGCUUGUGACUCAACAAACCUAACAUAUAUGAUCCAAUGUAAAAGAUGUAAAAAACAAUAUAUAGGUGAAACUAAACGCACCCUUCGUGAACGUUUUAAAGAACAUAGACAGGCAACAAACAAUCGGCACGCCACGAAAACGCCACAGCAGCGGUCCCUUCCCACUUUAAUGAACAUGGACACUCGAUCGCAGACGUGGAAGUUAUUCCGCUGGAAUUACAACCUACCCUCAGCAUGUCACGCCGUAAGGCAAGAGAAGCGUGCCUCAUAGAUAGAAGCAAAACCCUGUCACCAGACGGUCUGAACUGAAGGAAUGAACAUUAAACUGUUUUUCUUUCUAUUUUUAUCGUAUCAUCAAUUAUCUGUAUAUUAUUUUAUCCAGUAUCUAUAAUUGUAGUUGAUUAUUAACAACUUAUGUGAAUUUUGAAUUAAAAUUUUAGGAACCGUUAAAAGAUAUUUUGUCUCGGUGUAGUUCUGGCGCCGAGGAAGGGUUGUUAGCCGAAAUAUUGGCCUAUAAUAAAUUAGCCCUUUGUCGUAGUGCCAGCGCUGCAUUAAGUUUUGUUUUAGGAUAUAUAGGGGUAUACAGUAUUACUAGGGUAAACAUGGGUGUACGGGGUAUGUAAGGGUAUGUGACUUAGUAUACUUUUUAAGAGAAGAUAUAAAAGGGAGACUAUAUGUACAUGUCUAGACUACCAUGAAUUACAUGUCUGCUGUACUCACGCUGUCAGUCCUACACUUGAAAGCUACGCUGUACACUCAGUUCUUUUUACUUUUCCAAUACUGUGCUCAAAAAAACUAUUUCGGCCAACUGGGUUGUCUUUAUAUCGAAGCAGAAAUAUGAAAAUAAUUCAGUUCACUGCAGUAGAAACGUUCACAAAAUCACAACGUCGUCUGUGGCCUAAUUACAAGUUAACCUCGGCAUCUAUUAACAGCUCUUCAGAUUCGUUAAAUUCCUUCUCCAACACAGUGUCAGACAAAAAUAGUUGGGACACUUCCACCCAGCGAUGUUUUUUUGCUUCUGGCACGUCUCCUCGUCCUCCCAAUAUUGUUUAUCGCAGUUAACUCACCAAAUCUUGCACACCAACAUUGGGAGGGCAAGAAGACAGCAAAGUAUCCCAACAAGUUUGACUAAGACUGUGUUUUUAAAAGUUUGUUAUGCUAGUGGUUUCCGCUUCAGUGAGACACUCAGCACUCAGCAGUAAAACUUCUCUAGCAACUGCAAAGCCAUUGUUUAUGACAAAACGGCUGAGUUAAAAACGAAAAUUAUUUUUAAUUUAUUGAUGUAAGAAACGGAAAUUAAAAAUUUUGUUCCUAAGAUUCUAAAACUUCUAAUUUACCCCUCAUCGUGACACUUUCUUUGUUAACGAUACACGUAGACAACUUAACUCGACCGACAAUAAUAAAAUCCAGGCUCAACUUCUCGAAUGUGUCUGGGACUAGCACAAAACCAAUGGUGAAAGCAGGCAGUUUCUUGUACUCUGACACAUCAAAAAGGAUAAUUUUAAGGUUCCAAUACUGACAAUGAUUAAUUCAAAAUAACCCCGGAAUCAUCAAUUGAAAAUGAUCUCGGACGUAAAUGCUGGGUCAGUUCUACUUUGAACUGAGUUGUCAUUGUUGUUUUCCACUUUGUCGAGACAUUAAGACUUCCUUAGUAACUCAACAAACAAAGUUUAUAAACAAACAUUAUAGUUUAAACCAAAGGUAUUAAGAAUAAUUCUUUCCAAUAUUUUUGCAGACGAAAUUGAAUUACGUUUUAGUUUUCGUAUCUAUAACAUUUCAUUUUUCUGUAUCGCUGAUAAGCGACGGUUGUGUGUUUUUCGGACUCUAAUUGCGAUUGAUAAGACAAGGGUUGUUCUGCUCGGAAUCUUAAAUGCUUUGCUUCUCAGCUGAAAGUUCAGACCAGUCUGUUUUUAUAUGAUCAGCUAUGCAACAAAAACACUAAUUAAUUAACGCCCAUUGAUAUUACAAAGUGAUACGGCAGUGCCAUGCAAUAAUUCUGAUAAUUAUUAUUCUGUUAGACCUUUUACAUUAUGCAUUGUGUAGAACAAAAUAUCCUUUCUAUCACUAACACUUGGUUAACAAAAGUAAACUCACAAGGCAAUAUUGUCUCCAAGAGGAAGAGGCCACCGAUGUCCAAUUCCUUUCCAAGUACCAAAGCUGGACGUAGUGUCCAAAAUGUCAGAAACUUGAACGGAGUAACUAUGCGAAAAUUCAGCUCAACCAAACGCAUACCUUUCUCAAGAUUUAUUCACACUGUUCUCGCUUGCAAAGGAAAAUUGAAACAUUUUUCUAACAAUUAUUUGUGGCAUAGUUUGUCAGUGUAAGCUUCAUUCUUGAGAUUUCAUGAUAAAAGCGCAGCUGAAUAGCUCCAAAAGCCUCGGGCUAUGGAACCUAAGACCCAUAACCGGUCAGUAUAAAAACAUGGACUGCGGACUGUGGACCACGGACUGCGGACUGGGUAUAAAACACGGACUCGGUAUAAAAGGCGGACUAGGGACUACGUUGGUAAAAACUGAGCUAAUAUCGAUUCUAGGUAAGGUAAAAUAAGAUCAAAAUAUUGCUAAAUUCCACAACAUGUGAGUUGAAGUGUUAAUCACUCCAAGAAAUUCUUGGUGGAGGUAUGCCGCCCGGUUCUCCAAAUCUUAAGCCUGACUGAACAAAAUGCUAUUUUCUACACACAUUUUUAGACCUGGUCUCGGCCUCUGACAUCCAUGGCAGGGGCCACAAACGCGAUGUACAUGUUUACAGAGGUGUAAAUCAUCUCAUCAUGGCUUUGGAUAUAACGUUGGAUGAUGUAUUUCGGUUAUUUUGCACGUAAAGGUGAGUAAACCCUCCCUCCCUGAAUACGUUUUUGAGCCGUGGAAUGCCCCAGUAUUGACCUUCUUGUCUGGGUUCUUCAUUUCCUCAUAUCCCCGAGGCUUUGGAAUGGAAUUGUGGCAUCUAUGAGAAUUUUACUCUCAUUAACACGAAUAUAGUUUUUAUUCGGUGCCUCUCAUUUUCAUAUCUUCUAUUGGUUUAAAACUAUAAAUUAAAUUGUCUUCUAACUCCUUCUUUUUAUAAAAAUCGGAUUUUCAUUUUCAGUUGCCUUGAGCAGCGAUAUAACCUUCCUUGCCCGUGCAAUAUGCUUUCCUUCUCCACAUGACGCUGACGUUGGGGAGAACAGACCGCGUGACCAGCCAAAGGAAUGUUUGUGUUUAAGGCAAGGAGCUGGAACUACUGUUUUAUGCUAGUCCGCUAUCCGUUUCUAUCAGUUUUUCUACAGCUGUUUUCAUAUACAAAGUCCGUAGUCCGCGUUUUACACUCAGUCCGUAGUUUCUAGUCCGCAUUUUAUACCUAGUCCGUGUUCUAUACCUAGUCCGCAGUCCGCGUUUUAUACUGACCGACCCCAUAACUAGUGGACGUAAUUAACUGUAUACCACGCUUUGCAUUAUUACCAUUUAUCACUUCAUCCUUCAUAUGGUAUAAACAAUAUAAGAUCAAAUGAGAGAAGGAAAUAAGUAUGCACAUUUUUUGCCAGUAGUCAAGUAAAACUUGCUGGUUAAACCUAUUAACUAGUCUAAAGAGCCGCCACAAUGAUCGAUAGCACAGUGAUACAUGAUUGGUAGAUUUCAGGUCAUUUGAAUCUACUUUUUCCUUAUUGGUUGAUUUUAUUUUGAUUGGCAAAAGCGUAAAAGGUCAAAACCUAAUAUGUUUUGCUUCAGAGUCAGCUUGUCAUUCUGCUACAAAGAAGAUAAGUGUCUUGUUCAGGUAAUGUACCCCAUUUCAUUACUGUAUGAGAUUUUUAAUUUGAUGGGAAUUGAUGAUAUCAGCUAAGACAAAAUUGCAUGAAUUGGGCGUCGGUUAUUUAAAUAACCUCUAAGUUAGAUAACGGUAAAAAGAUGUAUGACUAGCCUGUUUCUAAGUCAGGGGCUUAUUUUGAGUAAAGGCGCUGUAACUACAACAAGCUGAGAGUUCAGUCGGCCGGAUCAAUACCGAGGGUCUUUUAACUCAGGAAAAGAAUACUUAUUAUUUGACUACAAACAGAUUGAACUUUACUUGACUCUAGUGAUAACAAAGAAAUGGCUGAUCCCGUCAAUACGGGACGUUAAACUUAAAUGUAAUGAGUUUACACUUGCGCACCAGAGAAAAUUUAGGUUACAUAACAAAUCAGGGAAGGCAAAGCUAAAAAUAAUUUAGAACGCCAUUUCAUUUUGAAACACCAUUUAAGCUCUGUUUUCAUAACCGGCCUAAAUAGAUGUUUUUGCCAGUAGUCAGUCGCUCUGUUGUAAAACAUUUUUUUGUUUCCUUCUCGAAAGUGGAGGUUUCCGCUUCAGUGGGAGGCAGUAAAACUACAAGGCUACAAACUCCACAAGCAAAUUUUCUAAAGAAACAAUUUAGUUAUGUAAACGAUUCUUUUCAGUUUUUUUCAAUACAGAAAUUGAAUUUGAUUUUGCUCCUAAAACUGGACAACAUUUCUUUUCCUCGGUGAGUACGUACUUCUUCUAUCGAGUAAGUUACGUACCAAACAAACAACUUAAGUGUUUACAAAAGCAAAGGAGAAAAUUUUCAGCUUACGUCUAAUGAAGUCUACAUUCCACUACCACUUUUCGAUAAUGGAAACAAGCACCCCUAUGUCUACCUUCCUAAAAGGAUACUUUAGGAUGAUCAACUCAACACACUGCUAGAUUCAAAACAGUCCCCAAAGUCAUAAAAGUGAUCUUUCUUUUUCAGUAUGAAUUGAUAAUUGUUCAUUGAGAGAGUAGUUCAGUCCCGGGAACUCCAUCGAAAGAACAUGUUAAAAAAACAACAGUAAAUGCGGUAAAUACUAAAGGAUUUUUUAAUUCCUUGAUUUAAAUCAGACUGAUGUUGUGCAUUUUAGCAUUCUACAACAGUUGUGUUCGUAUAUUACGUAAACGUGCCAAUCUUGCUGGCGUGACGCAUAUAAAGACCAAAAUCGAAGACGAAAACACUGAAUGACAGUCCAAGAGGUUGUAAGAAAAUCUCCGAAGAAAAUCAGCCUCAACCCUAAACCAUAUUAAAAGGAUCCCUCCAUUCGUCUACAAACAGUUCAAACGCGACAGCUUCAACAAAGACUUUUUGUCCCUAUUUUACACGAUGGCACAUGAACGACUUUAAGCGCUUGCGUUCUGUUUCAAAGUGAAUUGAUGUUGGUGGUUUCUGCUUCAAUGAAGCCGUAAGACUUCCCUAGCAACUCGAAAAGGGAAAAUUUAUCAGUAAAUGGCCACAGUUAAAACCAAUAAAUGUAUAGAUUUUUUUUUCAUAUUUAAGCAACUGGGAUCUGUUCAUCAGCCCUCACUUUACGUUGUUAGUUAUGUUGCAAACAAACAACCUAAGUGUUUACAAAAACAAAGGAGAAGUUUUUAUAGCUAACGUCUACUGAAGCCUACUUUCUACUACCACGUUUUGAUAAUGGAAACAAACACCCCUAUGUCUACCUUCCCAAAACGAUACUUUAGGAUUGUCAACUCAGCACACUACUAGAUUCAAAACAGUCCCCAAAAUGAUGAAAGUGAUCGUUCCUUUUCAAUAUGAAUUGAUAAUUGGUUGACUGAAGAGAGUAGAAGUUUCAGUCCUAGGAACUUAAUUGACAAAACUUGUUAACAAAAACAACAGUAAAAGCAAUAAAUGAUAUGGGAUUUUUUAAUUCCUUGAUUUAAAUCAGACUGAUGUUGUGAAUUUUAGCAUUCUGCAACAGUUGUGUCCGUAUAUUACAUAAAGGUGCCAAUCUUGCUGGCGUGAUGCAUUCAUUAAAGAGCAAAAUCGAAGAUGCAUACACUGAAUGACAGUCCAAGAGGUUGCAAGAAAAUUUCCGAAGAAAAUGAGCCUCAACCUCAAACCAUAUUAAUAGGAUCCCUCCAUUCGUCUACAAACAGUUCAAACGCGACAGCUUCAACAAAGACCUUUUUGUCCCUACUUUACACGAUGGCACAUGGACGAAUGUAAGCGCUUGCGUUCUGUUUCAAAGUGAAUUGAUGUUGGUGGUUUCUGCUUCAAUGAAGCCGUAAGACUUCCCUAGCAACUCGAAAAGGGAAAAUUUAUCAGUAAAUGGCCACAGUUAAAACCAAUAAAUGUAUAUUUUUUUUCAUAUUUAAGCAACUCCGAUCUGUUGAUCAGCCCGCACUUUACGUUGAUAGUUACGUUGCAAACAAACAACCUAAGUGUUUACAAAAACAAAGGAGAAGUUUUUAGCUUACGUCUACUGAAGCCUACUUUCUACUACCACGUUUUGAUAAUGGAAACAAACACCCCUAUGUCUACCUUCCCAAAACGAUACUUUAGGAUUGUCAACUCAGCACACUGCUAGAUUCAAAACAGUCCCCGAAAUGAUGAAAGUGAUCGUUCCUUUUCAAUAUGAAUUGAUAAUUGGUUGACUGAAGAGAGUAGAAGUUUCAGUAUUAGGAACUUAAUCGACAAAAUUUGUUAACAAAAACAACAGUAAACGCAGUAAAUAAUACGGGAUUUUUUAAUUCCUUGAUUUAAAUCAGACCGAUGUUGUGAAUUUUAGCAUUCUACAACAGUUGUGUCCGUAUAUUACGUAAAGGUGCAAACUUGCUGGCGAGAUGCAUUCAUUAAAGAGCAAAAUCGAAGAUGCAUACACUGAAUGACAGUCUAAGAGGUUGCAGGAAAAUUUCCGAAAAAAAUCGGCCUCAACCUCAAACCAUAUUAAAAGAAUCCCUCCAUUCGUCUACAAACAGUUCAAACGCGACAGCCUCAACAAAGACCUUUAUGUCCCUAUUUUACACGAUGGCACAAGGACGACUUUAAGCGCUUGAGCUUUGUUUCAAAGUGAAUUGAUGUUGGUGGUUUCUGCUUCAAUGAAGCCGUAAGACUUCCCUAGCAACUCGAAAAGGGAAAAUGUACAAGCAAAUGUCCACACUUAAAACCAAUAGAUGUAUAUUUGCAUAUUGUUUUCAUAUUUAAGCAACUCAGAUCUUUUCAUCAGCCCGCACCUUUCAGUGAUUCUCAAGAGUGGAGGGUGAAAGUCAUCGUCGCUGCUUUUAGAAUUCGAAUAACUUGAGCCGAAGAACACCAAGUUUUCAUGAAAAUUUCGGCAAACGAUAAGCCUCAGAAAGGUCGUGCCGCUGUGUUAUUUGAUAAAAACGGCAGUUACUGCAUCUCAUAAACAUUGUGCUUUUUUGGUAAGUGGACCCUACAUAGUCAAGAGAGAAUGAGCUUGAUUAUUCCCUUUUGAUAGCUAGAGAGAUAAAAAAGACUGAGAAUAUCGAGAAUGUCAAUUCAGUUUGUAUCGUGGCUUACUAAAUUGAUUAUAAGAGUAAUUAUGCGGGUGGUGGCGGCGUAGCAAUCAGUAAUUAGACCUAACUUUCUAUAUUUUAGCACAGAUGUUUUUUUAGAUAUUAAAUGAUAGUGUUGGAGGAAGGUAAUAAACUAGAUAACGAUAUAUAAACUGCUAGAGUAGUUACCAAGAUUGCCUACAAACGAGACGUUUAAAUACCAUUUAAUGUGCUAAUUAUGAUAUAGUCACUGUGUUACACUUUUUUUUCUUCUCUGUAGGCCGAUAGACCCCAGCACGUGCCUCCGCACUAAGUAAGGACCAUGUUCUUCACAGUUGUGCUCUCUCUUGUAUCCCUUCUGGGAUACCUACAAUACUGGAGGAAGAACUUUUCCGAAUCUAGCCAGUCACUGCCGAUGAGGUUAGUAAAGUCAUCUUGAAAAUGGCCCCUGGGUACGUAAAGUCCUCUUGAGAGUCAUCAAUGACUGUCUCCAGCAUAUCGCAUGGAAUUAAUGAAAUAUUGUAUUGUACUGCACAACAAGUGAUGGACUAGAAUUCUCUCAACGGAUGGGUAAAAAAGUUACCUGAAUUUUAAUGCUGUUUACUAACUUAUUAAAAAAUAUUUUAAAUUUUUGAAAGGGAAAAUACCACGCUGUUGGAAGAGAACAAAAUGGCUGAAGACAAAGCAAAGAGUAGUGUAGACGAAGCUGGGGGCAAUGACAGCAAGGUAUUUGGUUUGUUUCUGUGAAAAGCAUUUUAAUUUGAUUAGGCGAUCGAUACAUACUGAUGACUCUUUAAUAAAACGGGUACCUCCAUUACUGUCCUUAUUACGAUUACUGUGGCUUAUCUUAUAGAGAAAGUUUUUUUUUCUGAAUAUCUUUCAAUGGGAGUGAAAACUACUAUUUUCGGAAAUAAUUUUAUCUCGUUCGUUAAGUUGUGUAUCAUCAACAGUUGAAGAGGAACAAUUAGGAUCAUAAUUUUCAUUUGGAAUUUUUCCUCUUCGUAACACUUGCAGAAAAGUAAAAGAGUUCCCUUUCCAGAUCAAUAACGAAAAAUCCCGCCAAAAACCAAAAUAUUACCACAGUUGAAAAAAUUGCCCAAAGUGAUACCAAGAUCUUUUUUUUUUACUUUAAAAAGACAGAGAAAGCUCCACGUUUAAAUACCCCUUUUGUCAACGUUUCCUAAAAAGUUGUAUUUCCAUACUGUAUCGUUGAAAGAGUGUUAGUCUUCCAUUAAAGCAGAUACUGUAUAUAAAAAAUGUUAAUCCCUUUUGUGAGUUUAUUAUAAUUUUCUACAUUCAGACUUAAUAGUAAGAAACGACAACAAAUAACACAAAGUAAUAGUCGCUAGAAAAAGUCGUGAAGAGCAGAUCUUUUUGAUCGAUGCCCAGAAUUAACAAAAAAUGGAGAGUUAAGGCUAAUUAAGCGUAAGCAUCUUUUAAAAUUCAGUCAGACAGAAUAAUUUGAUUUUUUUAACGGAGCCAUUUGAGCAGUAAACGUUGAAAACUGGAGUCUUUUUAGGGUCCAUCAAACUCAGAAUCAAUCGCACCAUCAACAAAAAGGAAAAAUGAGAAAAUGAAAGGAGAUGGAAAGAAGAAAAGGAUAACAAAAAAAUCUCCGUAGUCUCAGGUUUUACUGACAAGUUUUUUACUGCUUCAGAGAUUUUGAAAGUUUAAAAAUGGUUGUAUGUCCACAGACGUGUUUCUUUACUUUUUGAGAUUUGCGAACGCAUGCGCACUUGAUGAUCUUUGAAAAUAAAUUAACAGGUCUGUGAACAGGCUACAAAAAGAAAUAAAAGUUGAGCAACAAGGAAUUGACAACCGUAAGACUUAACAACGUUUUGAGGAAAAUUUAGCUGGAGAAUAGCAUUGAUACAAAUCUCUAGUGUUAAGUCUUAUUUAGUGCAGCUUAGACUGGAAAAUUUAGCUAGAGAAUAGCAUAAAUAGAAAUCUCUAGUGUUAAGCCUUAUUCAGUGCAGCUCAGACGGAAUAAAGACUUAAAGCUGGUAUAAACCCCAGGAUAUAGCGAUUCAGUCCAAAUGAAACGAUGAAAACACAAGUAUAUAAAAUAACUUGAAGGAGCUACAUUGGGCGUGAAUUUAUACUUGUGAUUACUUCUAGUGCCAGUAAAGUAGAUCAUUAACGAACUUCCUGUUUGGUAAUUGUACAUUGUGUAUUUGACACUAUGGAACAAUGUAAUGAUUUGCUUAAGAGACAACCAGACAAUAGCUCCCGAAUGCACAAUUCCCAAUGCCCAAAGUAACCUUUAUUGAGUCAGCUGUACAUUUGUAUCCGGCUAAGGCGUUUCCUUCUCAGUUCAAAACUAUCCCACGUUAGGCGCAUUGUCUUUAUCAGAGCCUCAAAUCAGGUGUGAGUCUCUUUUCUGUAUCGCCUCUAUUGCAGCUUCAACAUACUUGAUGACGUAUGGGUUCCAAAUUAGACAGGCCUACUGCUGACUAAAUCUAAGCGUUAGUGCGACUUUUUAACCUAAGUUAAAAGUCCUAGGAGUGACCAACAUUGAUUUUCUCAAUAAAGUAGACAGGCUACGAGAAUUAACAAAAUGAUCAGAAAAAGGAAAAUACUUCCAUGCAUUUUCGCAUUUAAAUUUCAAAGUAAUGUAUGAAGACCAGUCUGAUGAAUUUGUAUGUGGAUAUUGGGACUUAAAGGGUCAAAGAAGCUUUUUCCUUCAUUCAUUUAUUCUUUAUUUGCCAUAUAUACAAAAUUUUACAAUUUAAGGUUGGAAUAAUGAGAUUAAAGAAAAAGUAAAUGGCGCGGAGACCUGAAAGAAACCACGAGGCUUAUAAUAUCAGGUCUCAGCUAGGUCUCCGCAACUUAGGAUCAACUAGUCUUGAUAAUAUAAUUACAAUAUGGGCUUAUGAUGGCUAACUUUGAACGCGAACUCACACACACGCACAUGUUAAAUUAAUUAAUCUAAUAAUCUAUUUAGUGCCAUACUGAAGCUAAUGCUUAUGAAGAAGAAAUUCUUUAAGCUUUCUUUUAAAAGAAGCAGAGGAGGACGAACCAGUUAUAGUAGAAUUUAGCGAAUCAUAAUAUUAUAUAUCUAGCCGGAUUUAUGAAAACCGUACCAUCGGACCCCAGGAGCCCACACACCUUAAACUGACUCAACUAAAGUAAACACCGCCAAGAAACUCAGCUCUUACCUAUGGUUCUCUUAAGGUGACUCUCUUCUUGGUUCCUGGUUAGCAAAAGAAACAUUCAAGUCCAUCAAAAAGAUACUCUGGACUUGGCCAUACACUCUAGCUGCUUAAAGGCCCUAAAUGACGGAGGAUGCUUGAGACUUAACCAAGUUCUAAGGAGAGAAUUCAAGGUUAAAUCACCCCCCUGACUUCCUCCACCCCCCCAGCCUAGCACGUGCUUGAGGGGAAUGCUUUCAUCAUUGGCCAAUGGGCCUCAAACGUUACAAGAAUUUGACAUGACAAACUAAAGGCAGACAUGACCAGUGCACUGACUCUCCCAGACCAGAACUAACGGAAGGUACAACGCUUUUGCAGCACCCUCCCCCCCUAGGGAUUGACAUGGAGGCCCCUUUCCAACCCAUGGCGUGUUAGCUCAGGGACUGAGCUUGACAAUCAGACCAACCAGGACAGCAAGCCCCCUAUGUUUUUUCUCACCGCAGUGACCAGAAAGCUGGCUAUCGCCAGCUUUCUGUGCGAAUAUUCUUGCCCAUUUUGAGGUAUGUUUUCAAAAAUUCGGCUAGAUAUAUAUAUAUUAUUAUUAUUAUAUUAACGGAUGGGCGUAGUAUUUCACAUUUAUUACUUAUUUUAUUUUAUUUUUAUUCAAGACAUUUAUUACACUAAUUGCAAAGAACCUUUUACAAAAUUUAAAGAACGAUAUUACCAAAAGGAAAUUAAAGAAAAAUGGAAAAGUAUUACGCACUUACAAUUAUAUACAUUUCACAAUUAUAUACUUUAUAGCCAAAAACAGCCGCACAAUUGCUGAAAGUGGCUUAUUUUACAAAAAGCUAAUUAAUACUUAAUUACGUAAACGAAGAGAGAAAUUAAGACUUAUCUAGAGUAGACUGAAAUGGUACUUAAGAAAUACGGAAAAAAUAUGUAAUAAAAGAUUAGAAUUUUAAUUACACACGAACUUGAUUAAAAAGGAGAAAGGUCUUUCGGCCAUUUUUCAUUAAAGGUUUCUAAUUUAUUGUUCCUGGUGGAAAUAUAUUUUUCAGCUUGGCAUUUAAUUCUUAUUUUAAAUUUGAAACUUUCGAUCUUUGGAAGUACCUGGCUCUUUCUGCACGCCCAUAAAUAUAGUUUACCAAUUAAUAUCAGAUAAUUUAACAAGUGACAUGACAGUGUUAUUCCAAUUAUGACGUUUCGCAAACACAUCGCAUGAAAUUCCUUCGCUAUUGUUAAAUAAUACUGUUCAAUAUUUUUCCAAAACGGAUCGUGCUGGAGAUAUCCAAUUUUGAAAAGUUUUGUGUUAGUGUAAAGUAUUGAAUUUGGAACUUUGUAUUGAAAAGAUUUGACGUAAGACUCCUGUGUUGUCACUAAGCAAUUUUCAAGUCUUCGUCAGAUAAUUACGCUGAAAUCAUGUUUUAUAUUCUUUGCAUUACUAGGUAACUGGGCUUUAUUUGAUAUUAAGAACGGCUCCUGGUUGUAGUCUUUCGUUUUCUUUUCCUCUAUGUCAAAAAUCUCAUCUCCUUUUGUAACAAGUAUUUUUCUGUAAAGGAAGUGUAAUCCACUGUUUCCAGAAUGGAAGGAGUUGCGUGCCUGAGUCCUGUCCAUGUGAGAAAAUUGGCUUUCUCACAGUGGCUAUGUUGAAUUAAUUAAAUUUAAGGAGUAUUAUGAGAUGCUCGGGGGGCAUGAUUGCGAUCCGAUAUACUCGCUCAGUAUUUACGCACGCUUUUCGGGCAAUUUUUCUUAAAGUUUUCGUAGAAUAAGACUGUAAUGGGAAAAAAGAUCGUUUUGCCGUGUUUGGAUGUAAUAAUGAUCACCUUUUUCCCGAGAAAUAUACAGUGAAAGACAUUCUUCGGAGUGUCCACAAUACUAAUUGCUACUUUUUUCCCUCCUUGUUUAGAGGCAAUAUCUGACUUCUUCUUCUUCUUACUCCUAAAUGGCUGUACUGUAAGCCUUUCCAUGGGAACUUCUUUUGUACGUGUUCCUGAUCAUAGCCCUUCAGAAAGAGCGUGAGAUAGGAUGACUGUAUACUGGUCUUCCAAAUUUAAAAUGAUUUUAGCAAACUUUAGUAUUUUUGCUCACCUUAAAUCCCUUCCAGUCGGUAGUGCCUUGGGUACUUGCAAGAGCAGAAACGUACCUCCGAAGGAACUGGUAUGGUCUUUCACCAUAUAUCUCUCUGGAAAACGGCGAUCAUUAUCACAUACAAACAGGGCACUACGAUCUUUUUUUUUCCCAUUACAGUCUUAUUCUAGGAAAGCUGUAAGAAAAAUUGUCCCGAAAAGCGCGCGUAAAUACUAAGCGAGUAUAUCGGAUCGUACUCGUGCCCCCUGGGUAUCCCAUAAUACUCCUUAAAAUUAAUUAAUCGGUAAAAUGGUCUAUUGCAUUAAACGAUUCUAUAUUGUCAAGAUUGAACAAGAGAUCUUUAAUGAUACACAUCCCCGAGUCAUAAUGCAUUUAUAAGACUGGUUUUUCCUUUAUUCUUAUGUCUUUGUUAUUCCAAAUUAUAGACGCAGAGCCGUUCUUUGUCAGCUAAAAAGAGAUUUCCAAAUUCUAGCCACCAUUCUAAGAGCUCGCUAUAAAAACCCGUGUAAAUUGAAAGAUCGUUAAAAGCAAAGAAAAGAAAACAAAAAGGAAAACAAAAGUAUGUACCUCAACAAAGAAUUAAUAUUUGAGUAAGAAAGGAGGAAUUUUUAAAGUCCUUUGCCAGAUUAAACAAACUGAUAUUUUCACUGUUUUGAAUUUGAGUUGAGUUGAGUUUAUUGUUUUGUCAAAAAGUUGUACAAAACAAGAAAAAUUCCAGUUAAGACUGUAAUGGCGAGGAAGCCCAACGGAACCCACCGUGCUCAUAAGAAAUGGGUUCCCUCAGAAAGUAUUAUUAUAAUUACACAUGCAAAAAUUAAUGGUAGAGCUGCAGCAAAUCUAAAUAUAUAUUGGAUAACUUCAUUUAUCAUUAAUCAAUUUCAUGACUUAGCGAAUUGAAAAAGUGAGGGGUUUGAAACCGAAUUGAGAAUUUUUGAAAAUUAGUUCCACAAUGGAAUUUCUUGUGUGAUGCGAAUGUAUCUGGCUUGCAAGAGUAAACAUAUUAGAAAAAUAAUUAGGAAGAAAACCUCUUUUAAAAACUAAGAUACAUAAAUCUACUUAUUUGCUGUAAAUAAAUGUAAGAGAAUUUUAAAAUCACCUGCUCUUUGAAAAGAGCAUCAGUUUGAGAAUCCAAAGGAACUUUAGAUAUUAUUCUGAUUAUAAAUCUUUCUUUUGCAAAAUAUUAAAAGACCACCAACAUUACGUAAAAGAUGUAACAAGUAGAAUUUCCACGUACUUUCUUAUUGCUGAAAAUACAUUUUAGCCAAGCUAGUCGUACAGCUUUGACCAAGCUUCGUUUCUUUACCUUUUCCAUUCAAUAAAAAAGAAAAAAUUAUACUAUUCGCUUGUUUGAUGAUUUUGCAUGGAGGUUAAAGAACCGAAUAUGUUUAGUUUUAAGAUAAGUAAUCAUUUGAUAUAGUUACUUUACCAUAAAUAGACAGUCACCCUAAGUGGGCUUGUACCCUUUUGGACGGCUGAUUUCGAGAAAGUUCCAGUGUUAUUUUCCCGAAAAUUCUAGAUGCAAGUAAACGGUUUAGGAAAGUAAGAAUUUUUCUCAUUCUCAUAGAUCGCUUCAGCGUUAUAAUGGAGUUUAACUGAUAAGUGGGUCACCUUUUCGGUGGCCUACGAAACAAGUUUGUAUUAAAAACCCAUGCACUCAGGAUUUGAGUAGUUCACCUACUGGUCUAUUCCGCUCCCUUACUGCAAGUAAAGCACUGUCUUGGCUUCGCCGGUGAACAUCUAACUUAAUAAAUUAUAUAUAUAUAUGUAUAUCAUUUAAAUGUUCAUUAAAGCAAUUUUUAAAACAAAAGUAAUUUAUGCAAACAAAUCUAACUGCAGUCAAGUAUGAACUGGUAUGAACAAAUAAUACUCAAAGAAGUAUUUGACUGAUCCAAAGCUCAAUUGUCGCUUUAACGAUUGACUUAUUUGUUAUUUAUCACUAUUUGGGGCAACGCAAAAAUUCUGAGAGGUUGAAUCACUUUCUGGUUUGAAUAUUCAUGUGAGGAAUUCAAAAUGCUAAUGUACGCAGACUCAACACCCAUACAUCAAACAUCCUAGAUGUCUCAGCAAUGCCCUAGGCAAAGUGUAAUAUUAAUUUUCUUGAAAAGAAUGAUUGAGCAAGAGCUUUGGGUGAGCGAGAGGAAACGAAGAAUAUUACUGAAAAAAAAAUUUAGCUCACCAGUCGUUUAUCUCGUGUGAGAACAGAGACAGUGAUCGGGUUUAGUAAGCAUGCAUCAAACUGCCGAAGAUCGUUCCGACUGGAUUGUUUCUAGAAUUCACACGUGAGGACAUCCUGAGGUCAGGGAUUGGACGUCUCAGUAAAGCUCAUGGCUCAGAACAGAAAAAGAGUUGCUGAUUAACUGAAAUUUAUUUCAUACGUUCGAUAAAUUAUGAUUUAAUUCCCAGCGACUUUUGUAAAAUUCAUUUGUUAUUCAAUCAUUACCUGGAGAUUUGCUAUUCUCAAAGCUGUUGGGUGUGGCUUCAACAAAUAUUUUUCCUUUAAAUUAAGAUUGCUCUUGUUCUUCUGAUAAUCUUGGUCAUUCAAAUUGUUUAAAAAUUUGUCUCCAUUUUCUCUAUCCUCAUCUGUAAUGUUUGAUUUGUACAAGCUUUGAUAAAAGUGAGAAACGACGGCAAACAAAUGAGGCUGAGUAUCAUCUGAAGAAUGAUGGAAAUCGAGGAGGAUGUUAUCCGUCGAGACCGUAGGCAGAGACGGAUAACACCGUCCGAGAUCUCGAUGAUACUUCAGAUGAUACAAAAGCCGAAUUCAAUAAUUGCUUUAAUGAUUCAUUCAAAACAAUUCUUAGUUUGCAAACAAGCUACGACACGCUUACUCCUCCAUCGAGGUUAAGUUCAUCUUCGAUAGUGCAUGUUAAUCAAUUUAAUCAGCAACUUUAGGAAAGGGUAUUUUAGCUUCGAAAGUAUUCUUCAAAUGGCAAAUGUCGUCGGUCCAAUUGUCUUCUUGCUGUUCUGGCUAUGUCUUUAGCCAAAUUUGGCCCAUUUGUUCAUAGGGAAAGUUCCGCCUUUUUUGCAUUCACUGCACGCCAAAACAGCCCAACCUGGUCUCCAGCAUUUCUCAGUUAACAGUUCAAUAAUCUGGCAAUUCUACUUCACGAUUGACGUCAUCGGUUCGAUAUCGCAAAAUUCUUCCAAAUUUGGCCGACAGUAGCCGGUUAUAAUGAAUUUUGGCCAAUCAGAAACGGAGAAAUAUUUUGAAUGAACAGUAGAAUAAAAUAAUAAUGGCCAGAAAAAGUCACGAAAAGCUAGAAAUCAGCCUGAUGUCAAAUUUUGUUAAAAUUAGUAAUUUUGCUGUGCUUUUAGCCUUUCAGGAAAGCUGAAGGUAAACAUGGACAAAGCGACAAAACCUCCAGUUAUAACCUCGGAGUUGAAGCUCUCGGACGCUUUGAUUUCCCAACUGCCCGAAAUGACUUCGAGUUGAAGUUGGCAGCAUAUACCAACCUUGGCAUUGCAUCUGAAUGUCUCGGUAAUUAUGAAAAGGCCAUCGAAUUUCAUCAGCAGACCCUUCGUAUCGCGAAAGAGAUUGGAGACAAACGUUCAGAAGGCAAAGCAUAUUGCAUCCUCGGCACUGCGUAUCACUGUCUCAGUAAUUAUGAUAAAGCAAUCGAAUUUCAUCAGCAGUCUCUUCGUAUUGCAAAGGAAAUUAGAGACAAAGGUACAGAAGGGGCAGCAUAUACCAACCUUGGCGCUGCGUAUCACUGUCUCGGUAAUUACAAAAAAGCAAUCAACUUUCACCAGCAGUCUCUUAGUAUCGCAAAAGACCUUAGAGAUGAAAGUACAGAAGGCACAGCAUAUACCAACCUUGGCGCUGCGUAUCACUGUCUCGGUAAUUAUGAAAAAGCAAUCGAAUUUCAUCAGCAGUCUCUUAGUGUCGCUAAAGAAAUUGGGGACAAAGGUACAAAAGGCACAGCAUAUACCAACCUCGGCGCUGCGUGCACAUGUCUCGGUAAUUGUAAAAAGGCAAUCAAAUUUCAUCAGCAGUCUCUGGGUGUCGCUAAGGAGAUCGGAAAGAAACGCACAGAAGGCACAGCAUAUACCAACCUUGGCGUUGCUUAUCACUGUCUCGGUAAUUAUGAAAAAGCAAUCGAAUUUCAUCAGCAGUCUCUUAGUAUCGCUAAACAGAUUAAAGACAAAGGUACAGGAGGCACAGCAUAUACCAACCUUGGCGCUGCGUAUAGAUGUCUCGGCAAUUAUGAAAAGGCAAUCAAAUUUCAUCAGCAGUCUCUUAAUGUCGCAAAGCAGAUUGGAGACAAAGGUACAAAAGGCACAGCAUAUACCAACCUUGGCGCUGCGUGCACAUGUCUCGGUAAUUAUGAAAAAGCAAUCAAAUUUCAUCAGCAGUCUCUUAGUGUCGCUAAAGAGAUUGGUGACAAAGGUACAGAAGGCACAGCAUAUGCCAACCUUGGCGCUGCGUACCACUGUCUCGGUAAUUAUGAAAAAGCAAUCGAAUUUCAUCAGCUGUCUCUUAGUGUCGCUAAAGAAAUUGGAGACAAAGGUACAGAAGGCACAGCAUAUACCAACCUUGGCGCUGCGUAUAGAUGUCUCGGUAAUUAUGAAAAAGCAAUCAAAUUUCAUCAGCAGUCUCUUAGUGUCGUUAAACAGAUUGGACACAAAGGUACAGAAGGCAAAGCAUAUACCAACCUUGGCGCUGUGUAUAGAUGUCUCGGCAAUUAUGAAAAAGCAAUCAAAUUUCAUCAGCAGUCUGUUAGUGUCGCUAAAGAGAUUGGAGACAAAGGUACAAAAGGCACAGCAUAUACCAACCUUGGCGCUGUGUAUCACUGUCUCGGUAACUAUGAAAAAGCAAUCGAAUUUCAUCAGCAGUCUCUUAGUGUCGCUAAAGAGAUUGGAGACAAAGGUACAGAAGCCACAGCAUAUACCAACCUUGGCGCUGUGUAUCAAUGUCUCGGUAAUUAUGAAAAAGCAAUCGAAUUUCAUCAGCAGUCUCUUAGUGUCGCUAAAGAGAUUGGAGACAAAGGCACAGAAGGCACAGCAUAUACCAACCUUGGCGCUGCGUGCACACGUCUUGGUAAUUAUGAAAAAGCAAUCGAAUUUCAUCGGCAGUCUCUUAGCAUCGCAAAAGACCUUAGAGACAAAAAUACAGAAGGCACAGCAUAUACCAACCUUGGUGCUGCAUAUAGAUGUCUCGGUAAUUAUGAAAAAGCAAUCAAAUUUCAUCAGCAGUCUCUUAGUGUCGCUAAACAGAUUGGAGACAAAGGCACAGAAGGCAUAGCAUAUACCAACUUUGGCGCUGCGUGCACAUGUCUUGGUAAUUAUGAAGAAGCAAUCGAAUUUCAUCGGCAGUCUCUUAGCAUCGCAAAAGACCUUAGAGACAAAAGUACAGAAGGCACAGCAUAUACCAACCUUGGCGCUGCAUAUAGAUGUCUCGGUAAUUAUGAAAAAGCAAUCGAAUUUCAUCAGCAGUCUCUGAGAAUCGCAAAAGCGAUUGGGAACAAAGGUACAGAAGGCACAAUAUAUACCAACCUUGGCGCCGCGUAUACGUGUCUCGGUAAUUAUGAAGAAGCAAUCGAAUUUCAUCAACAGUCUCUUAUUAUCUCAAAAGAGAUUGGAGACAAAGGUACAGAAAGCAAAGCAUGUACCAACCUUGGCGCUGCGUAUCACUGUCUCGGUAAUUACGAAAAAGCAAUAGAAUUUCAUCAGCAGUCUCUUAGCAUCACAGAAGAGAUUGGAGACAAAGGUACAGAAGGAGGAGCAUACACCAACCUUGGCAAUGUGUAUCACUGUCUCGGUUAUUAUGAUAAAGCAAUCAACUUUCAUCAGCAGUCUCUCAAUAUCGCAGAAAAGAUUGGAGACAAAGGUACAAAAGGCAGAGCAUACACCAACCUUGGCUCUCCGUAUAGGUGUCUCCAUAAUUAUGAGAAAGCAAUCGAAUUUCAUCAGCAAUCUCUUAGUAUCGCAAAAGAGAUGGGAGACAAAAGUACAGAAGGAACAGCAUAUACCAACCUUGGCGCUGCGCAUCGAUGUCUCGGUAAUUAUGAAAGAGCGAUCGAAUUUCAUCAGCAGUCUCUUAGCAUCGCAAAAGAUCUUAGAGACAAAAGUACAGAAGGCACAGCAUAUACCAACCUUGGCGCUGCGUAUCACUGUCUCGGUAAUUAUGAAAAAGCAAUCGAAUGUCAUCAGCAGUCUCUUAGUAUCGCAAAAGCGAUUGGGGACAAAGGUACAGAAGGCACAGCAUAUACCAACCUCGGCAAUGCGUAUGGAUGUCUUAAUAAUCACAAAAAAGCAAUCGAAUUUCAUCAGCAGUCUCUUACUAUCGGUAAAGAAAUUGGAAAGAAACGCGCAGAAGUCACAGCAUAUACCAACCUUGGCAAUGCCUAUGACUCUCUCGGUAAUUAUGAAAAAGCAAUCGAAUUUCAUCUGAAGUCUCUUAGUAUCGCAAGAGGGAUGGGAGACAGAAGUACAGAAGGAGCGGCAUAUACCAACCUGGGCACUGCGUAUAGAUGUCUCGGUAAUUAUGAAAAAGCAAUCGUAUUUCAUCAGCAGUCUCUUACUAUUGCAAAGGAGAUUCGAAGUAAAGGUACAGAACGUAGAGCAUAUACAAACCUUGGCAAUGCGUAUUUCUCUCUGGGUAACUAUGAAAAAGCAAUCGAAUUUCAUCAGCAGUCUCUUAGUAUCGCAAAAGAGAUUGGAGACAGAGGUACAGAAGGUGCAGCAUACAUCAACCUUGGCAAUGCGUAUGGAUGUUUUGGUAAUUAUGAAAAAGCAAUCGAAUUUCAUCAGCAGUCUCUUAGAAUCGCUAAAGAGAUUGGAGACAAAGGUACAGAAGGUGCAGCAUAUAGCAAUCUUGGCAAUGCGUAUGGAUGUCUCGGUAAUUAUGAAAAAGCAGUCGAAUUUCAUCAGCAGUCUCUUCGUAUAGCAAAAGACAGAGGAAACAAAGCUUUAGAACAACAUACGUACAACAAACUUGGUCGUAGUUUUUAUAAGCUUCAUGAUUUCAGUAAAGCUGAAGAGUGUUUUGAGUUCAGUAUAAAAGUGUUUGAGGAGAUGAGGUUCCAACUUCAGGAGAAAGAUGAUGUGAAAAUCAGCUUUCGGGAUCGAUUAAAAUCGUACGCUCGUUUGUGGAUUGUUCAGCUACGACAAAAAAAGACCAAAGAGGCGCUUUUAACAGCUGAGCAGGGACGAGUGCAAGCUCUCGCGCAUCUCAUGGAAUCACAGUAUGGCGCAAAGUCAACUCCAUCAGCAUCAAAAGAGCAGAUGGUAAAAACAACUAACAUUUCAAGCCUUGUUUCAUCGCCUACGACAUUUCUUGCGGAGGCAAAAAAAUCAGUGCACUUCUGGGUACUGCAUGAGGGACAAGAGUGGCAAUUUAUGAAAAAGAAAGUCAAAAAUACAUUGAAAGAUAUGACUGACAAAGCAUACAAACAGAUUGGUGUUCACGAGCUUGCUCUGUGCGAAGAUCGCUCCCUUGAUGAUCCAGAGGACGGAACAAUUGAAGAUUUAUUUGAAAGAGGUACAGAUGAAAAAGAAUUUACAUCGUCACAAGCUGGGGGUGAUGCUUUAAGAGAGUUGUAUAAUGUAAUGAUCCCCCCGAUAUCACACUUAAUAGAAGAUGAGGAACUUAUUAUUGUUCCUGAUGGUUCAUCAUUCUUGAUUCCUUAUGCUGCUCUUGUGGACCAAAAUUCCAGGUACUUGUCUGAAAUGCUGAGAAUUCGAUUGGCUCCGUCACUAACAAGCUUGAGGCUGCUGGCAGAGUGUCCAGAGGAUCGCCAUAGUACAUCUGGUGUCCUCCUGGUUGGUGACCCGUGGAUUGAGACUGUGCGCCUUAAAAGCGGAGAAAAACAAAAACUAAAAAGAUAUCCGCAGCUCCCUGGUGCUGAAAAAGAGGUAAAAAUGAUUGGACAGAUAUUAAACGUUGAGCCUCUCACUGGAAAGAACGCUACAAAAGAACAAGUGCUAAGUAGGCUAAACUCAGUUUCUUUAGUUCACAUUGCAGCUCAUGGUUCUGCAGAAAGGGGUGAAAUUCUGUUGUCACCUAAUCUUAGCAGCUCCAAACCUCCAGAAGAGAAAGACUUUCUUCUGACCAUGACAGAUGUUUUGGACGCAAAAUUGGAUGCCAAGCUUGUUGUCUUGAGCUGCUGUCACAGUGGGCGAGGAAAGAUCAAGGCUGAGAGCGUGGUUGGUAUUGCACGUGGUUUUUUAGGAGCUGGUGCGCGUUCCGUUAUUGCGUCACUUUGGGCGAUUAACGACAAAGCCACCCUGACGUUUAUGGGACACUUUUAUGAACAUCUGGUCAAGGGGCAGAGUGCAAGUAAGUCGCUGCAUGAGGCCAUGAAAAUGAUGCGGCAGUCAGGCGACUUCAAUGCCGCUAAGUACUGGGCGCCAUUUAUGCUGAUUGGCGAUGACGUCAGUUUUAAUUUCGGCCAAUGA